AUGAGAACAAGCAGAUUAUCUAAAGCACAAAAUCUACAAAAAUGUAAUCCUAGUUUCUANCUACAUGGAGGAAAUCAAGCAACGUUAGCUUAUAUUAGAAGAAAAUAUUGGAUCAUAAAUGGAAAACGUGACGUACGAAACAUCCUCCAAAAAUGCGUAAAAUGCAUUAGAUACAAGGCUCAGACAGCAGAACAAAUGAUGGGAGAACUUCCUGCACCAAGAGUCUGCCCAGCUCCCCCAUUCACUCAUACUGGUGUAGAUUAUGCCGGCCCGAUUCAAAUUCGUACCACGAAAGGAAGAGGCCACAAAUCAUAUAAAGGGUACAUCGCCGUCUUUGUAUGCCUGACAACGAAAGCAAUUCAUUUGGAAGCAGUCAGUGACAUGACCACAGAAACGUUUCUGGCUGCACUAAAAAGAUUUACCGCUCGACGUGGUCACUGUGAGCACAUGUACAGUGAUAACGGAACAAAUUUUGUUGGAGCCAGUAAGCUAUUACAACCAGAGAUUGCAACAGUCAUCCAGGAUCGGUCAUUUCAAGACAGCCUUGCAACUCAAGGGACGCAAUGGCACUUUAAUCCGCCCGCAGCUCCUCACUUCGGAGGAAUUAGGGAAGCCGGAGUGAAAUCUGUCAAACAUCACCUAAGACGAGUCAUUGAGGAGACAACAUUAAUAUGUGAAGAACUCGCCACGCUUCUUUAUCAAAUAGAAGCAUCCUUAAAUUCCCGUCCAUUAACACUUUUAAGUAACCACAUGAAUGAUACAACAGUUUUGAGUCCUGGCUAUUUUCUUAUCGGCAGACCAUUGUUAUCCUACAAUGAUGAGUAA